AUGUUAAGACGACACCCGACGCGCGUGGAAGAGCAAGCCGAUGUAGCAGCCGAGUACGAGGCUUAUCUUCAAGAGAAAGAGCACAAGUUGAAGACAAAAAGCAAAACUACACAAAAUGCAGCCUCUUCUUUUAGCACAGCAAGCGACUCAAUGCGUGCGAGACAGGAAGCUAGGCGACAGGAAGUUCGUUCUCGUAUUGGACUAGACAAUAUUAAUUAA